CCUGUGGUGCUUCAGUGGAGUGGUGAAGGGAGGAACGUCUGUCCUCGGCCGGUGGAGCUCUGAUGGGAGGCAGCGCUGACUCUGGCUGGGACUGGGGAUGCUGAACGGAGGGAGGGAGGGCCUGUUUGAGCUGGGACAGCAGCUCCAGCAGCAGGGGGAGUACCAGGCCGCCCUCCACUGCUUCCUCAGCUGCCUGCUGGGACUGACCCAUGUGCAGAGCUUCACCUCUCUGCCCAACUGCUUACACCAGAUUGCAGAACUCUUCAUCACUGAAAAGAAUUAUGGAAAGGCCCUCCAGUUCAUCCAGGCUGAAAAAAUGUUCUAUGAAGUGGCAUUGAUCGAGCUCACGGCUCUUCAGGGGAGCACAGGGCCUCAGGAGGAGGCUACUCUGGGCUCUGCAGGAUGGACGACCCCAGAGGAACUUUCGGAGCAGGCCUCCCAGGCUCAGCACCUGGAGCGGCUGGCUCAGCUCUGCAUCAUGAGCAAACAACCUCAUCUUGCUCUAGAAUACAGCGGUAAGGCUACAAAGAUUCACCAGAGGGCCUUCGGUAAUGACCAUCCCAUUACAGCCAGAAGCCUGGAGCUCAUGGCAACCGUCUAUGCUGAGAUUGGCAAGACUGAAUAUUCAGACUCUCUGGGUCAGUGUGUGUCCGCGCUGUCCAAACGCUUCGUCGCCGCCGAGUCCCUUCGAGACACCGUCAACUGUCUUCCUCAUUCCCACCGGGAGAAACACUCAGAGGUACGCCACAGAAAGGACACCCACCACCAAGCGGAGGACACACUGAAACCUAAGGUAUCCAACUGCAAAGUCCCCACCUCCAUCCUAAAGAGGCCAAGUCCCAGCUAUGGGUCCGACACAGAACCCAACCACAGACGAAAAGGCGAGCGGAGGGUUCGAUUCAGGGAGCCAGAGACCACAGUACAUGCCUACGAGACGACACCGUCCCGCCCCCACCUCGCCCUGUUCACCUGCCUCUUCCUGCUGAUGUCAUUCCUGGGCGUGGCCAUGUACUGCACGGACCGCCGGCGCCCACAGCGGGUGUGCGAGGAGCUGGAGGCCGCCCUGGCCGUCUACCUGCUGCACAUGAAACAGCUGCUGUGGGGCUGCUGGAUAUGGCUGACCAUGCAGUGACUGUGAGCGACCACAGGAGGAGACACGGAGCCUCCUUUUAUUUUUUUCAGACCCCUCUUUUUUUUUUCCUAUCUUUGAAGGUGCCCAGGCCUACAAACACCUCAGCCGUUUGGCAAAAGGCUCUGCACACUGUCUGUGGUGUUGCACCACUCUGGCAGCGAAAAAGGGAAAAUGUGUAAUCCCAGAAAUAUGUAGCUUCCAUGUCUGUAUGUAUAUAUGUACCGAGGUGGUGGGCAUGCCACUCCCGUGUUUAAGUUGAAACGACAUUUUGCACAUCUGCAAUGUUGAUGCUCACAUAUAACACUCACAUAACCUCCACGACCAGCUCAUGUCACAGUCUGUUGUCUGUGGGUGAAUGUUUCCAUGGAAUGCAAAUAUUUAUUUUGUUACGGUACAUGACUCGUGUAUAUCAGAUAUUACACAGUACUGAAUGUGUAUAUAUGGUUCAAUAUACUAAGGACUAUCACAGUAUUUAGCCUUGUAAUUGCACAUAAAUGAAUGUAGAGACGUUUGUAAACAGCUUUGAUUGGCACAGCGCACAUUCGAGAGGAGGAGGAGGAAGAAGAAGAGGAGGAGGAGGAGGAGGACGGGAGCGCCAGUGUGUAAACUGUUCGAUAAUGAUCUGCGAGAGAGAAAACACAGGGCUGCAUCACUUCACAGUACCGGGUCGGAUGACUGCGAGAUGAAAAACACCUCGUUCUUUUCAGGCCGUCUGGUCGUCGGUAUGGAUGACUGUCAGCCCAUUCCUAGUUCCACGGAGGAGAAAAUCUGCAGCACAAUAUUAUCUGUCAUCAAAGAGAAUAUACUCGAACGGAUGCUAAUGCUUUUUGACAGUGUUCCUCUUUAUAACCGCUCGAAAUCCCACCGAAAAACAAAAAUCCUUUAUCUUAAAAUGUUAUUUAUUCUUCUAUAUUGUAUAUCUGCAUCUACACAAGUAUUCGACUUCUUUUAGAUUUUUUUAACUUUUUGUUACUGGCAGCAUUUCUAUUUGAGACAAAUAUCCAGGUUUUAAUUGUGAUGUCAGUUCACAUGGAGCUCUGGAUGAGUGGGGGUGACAAACAUCUACAACACAUUAAAAACAAAACAAGGACGUUCUCCUCAUACCGAGCUAUUCUUUGAGGCCAAACACAGAAAUAUAACAGACCCAGAUGUUAUCAUACGAGUCCCUUUAUCAAAUGAAGCAGGUGAAACUUCAGAACAGCCAAACCAUCACACAGAACGGAUUAUAGGAGUCAGAGGGCACAGUGAUGCACAUCCCACAUACCUCUCAUUAUGAGCAAUAACACACAUCACAUAGUUUCCAUUAAAACACUGCUCUUUAUAUAACAGGUUUCAGGGAACUCAAAAGCAUUAGACGUCGGAGAUCUCACAUUUGAAUGUCAAAGCAAUAUACGGCUAACAGCGCCUGUAUAGAAGAAAAGAAAGAAGGAAAAUGCUCUGGACUCUGUACUGUCAAACUAAAUUGUCAUUAGCAAUAAAACGAUACCCAGUGAACUCAUGUCCUGUAUAUGCACAUCGAGCUUAAAGCUGCAUUUCACUGCUGUCCACACAUUUAUGGUCACUUUGAAAGAAGUGCCUUUAUGGAGGGUUCUCUCAGUUCCUACCGUUUUAUGAUUUCAUUUGUUUCGAAUAAAACUGUCAUUGCCUAUCAAA